AUGUCCCAUUCGCAAAAAUCUUUUGAUUUUAAUACAUCAUUUGGUCCAACCGCAUUUCCAAUCUCAUCAACUAUUUCACCGAUAAUGCCCUCACAAGAUUCAAAUCAAUAUUCAUACAUUGAUAAACAGAAAGCUAAUCCCAUCGUUUAUCUAAUCGAGACCGAAAAGGAAUAUAUAGAGGAUUUACGAUGCUUGCUUCAACAAGUCACAAAUAGUUGGAAUCAUUCUAAUCCUCCGCCACCAGAAUUGGAUGUCAUAUUUUGUAUUCUUAGCAAGAUUUAUCAUCGUAAUAACGAAUUCUGUUCGAGAUUAAUGCAAGUUGCAUCAUCACAACAAAUUGGCGAUGCUUUAAUGGAAUGGAUUGAAGAAAUGGAAGGACCAUAUGCUGAAUAUUGUCAGUGUUAUAGGCAAGGAAUUGAUUCAUGGCCUGAGAUUGAUAAUAAUUUAAAUUUACAGCAAGUCUUGAAUAAUAUAUCUGCACAAAGGAAUCAACCAGUGUCUUUAGACUUCUUCUUUGAAAUACCCCUCAAGAGAAUUCAUUAUUACAAAAAAUUAUAUAUGCGUACGAUUAAAAGUUUUGAACCUGGAUGGUCUGAUUAUGAUAAGUUCGCAGCCGCAAUCAAGCGUAUGGAUGAUCUAGUUGAAUUAGCAAAGAAAGCUAAAGAGUCGAACAGGCCGAGAAAUAAUAUUUCUUUGCCAGUCCCACAAACCGUAUUGCAUACGAUUAUUUCACCGCAAGGAGGUCCGACCAUUUCCGAAAUAACAAGUCCACAAAUUCCUUUAAAUUGGACUUUGACAGAGUUGGAAAGUCAACUUGAUACGUCACAAUCGUUAGAUGUUGUACUUACACCGCCUCAUCUCCCAUUUAAAAGGGAAAUAGUACAUCAUGAUGAUUUUAUAGUUAUACUUCAUGAUGGAGAUAGUUCUAAUGAUCACAGAGCCCAUGUGAAAGCUCAUUUAUUUUUAUUGACUGACUUGUUGUUAAUCUGCCAGCAAUUCACCCCAGAGGAAAGGGCAUUAAAUCCUUCAAAGGAGCUUAGGCUUUUAUAUCCACCAUUAAGCGGGAGACAUUUGAUGCUUAAUAAUUUAUACGACAAUAAAGAAUAUUUGUUGAAUCUUGUAGUUUUGCAAAAGGAACAUUUGGUUCUUCCAAGCACAAGACCUCAAGUUAAUGUAAACCCAUCACCUUCGAGAAAAGAGAAUAUUAAUAUCCAAUUAUCAGUACAAGAACCUUUAAGAGAUUUUUCACCACCUAAACAAAAGCUUGGUCUUCCAUCAAGCCCACUAUCAAAUGACGCACCGUUACCGCGUUCAUCAUCUCCUCAAGAUAAAAAUAUCAGCGCACCAAAUUCUAGAGAUAAUUCCCGGGCAGGAGAAAAUCAAGAGAGAUUGAAAUCACCUAAACUUAGUCGAUCUAAUUCAAUGACGUCAUUGUCCUCAGUUUCCAGUAUUGGGUCAUUUACAGAAACGAUCCAUCAAACACCUCCAUGUGAGGUAAAUCGUUGGUUUGAUGGAGAAUGGAUUCCUUUAACUAAAAGUGACAAAUGUAUUGUAGAAAUAAAGAUGACAAGUUCAAAUAUUCCAUGUUGGGCUGUUCUAUUAAAAUCAAGUGGGCGUAUGGUUCUUAAUGCAUGGAUACAUCCCACAACUUCUUUACACAGGGAAUCUCCAUGUUCAAUAAGUGUAGCAUGUGAAAUGGGAAUGGUCAAAGAGUUUUAUAGGAUGACAUUACAAAAUUCGAUUGACUCGGAUAAAUUAUUUUCGGACUUUUUAAGAAUGAAGAAUUUUGGACCAAAUAAUACUCUGCCCGUACCAGGGCUUAUAUCUCGAUCAUCAUCAUUACAAAAUAAUCGACCGAUUCAACCAAUGAAAGAAAUUGAACAAACGAUGACAGAUGUUAUGGAUUCAAGGGUUAAAUUAUUUUUACAAAGUGAUCAUGGAAUUUGGACAAAUUUGGGUUGGGGAAAUAUGAUCCUGUCAUUGGAAACCCCUUCACAUCGCAAACGAAUUACUAUUCUAUCAGGGAAGAAUUCUAAACUAGUUGAUAGUUUUAUCGAAGACACGGGCGUCGGAAGAGUAGGCAAAUCUAGUGUUACCUUUAAAAUUAAUAAUGUAGGUGCUCCUACUCCUAUUAUUUAUAUGAUGCAAAUGAAAGAUGAUACAAUUGCAACGAAAGCUUUCGACAUUAUGAAAACUGCACCAAAAUCAUAA